AAGACGACUCUCGGGAUAGGCAAAUGUCAUCCGGAUCCCCUGGAGCGCACAAUCGGGACAGGCGCAGAUCUCCUCCAACCGACGCGCGCCGCCCCUCUGCAUCCAAUGAACCGGAUCGCGAUCGUGCCGUGUCCAGCAGGCCAAGCACCCCAAGGGGUCCUCGCACAGAACGAGAGAGGAAGCGACAGGCGACAGAGACACCUGCCUCGAGCGAGGUCUCCAAGUCCGCGCAUGAACAUUGCUGAACUUUUCCUUCCCAUCGCUCGCUCAUCACAGGCAAGAAAGAAAUUCGAUCAAAUGCAAAACUUGCGAACUGCACGCGACAAACGGGGAGAAGAAGAGACUCCGAUCCACGCUGAGCAGUUCAAGACCGCCAAGGAACGUCUGCAAGCUGCGGACGUGAAGGUUGAGGAUGCCAAGGCGGCGAUCUUGAAAGCCAAUCAAGAGGUGCAGUAUUCCAUCAUACGCUCCAUACGAAACGAGACGAAGAGGCACCUCGAUGACAUAGAGAAGAGCAUCCCCUCACCACAGCUCAUCAGGAAGACUGCUGAAGAUGUUGGUGACUCGGUCCGGAAGGAUAUUACGAGCAAGGAGGAGAUCGACAAGAUGGUCAAGAAUCAGGUCCAGAGCAUGAUCCAACUUGAACGCCGGGGUCUGACUAGCGCUUUCUUGACGAAGGAGGAAGGCCGCAUUCUGAUGAGAGAUGUCGCUAACGAAGCUCUGAAGGCCUUCGACCUACCACCACCGCCACCGCCUCCGCCUCCUGUAGCUCCAGCAGCGAGUGCUACCGCCAUGCCUGCUCCCGCGACAUCAAAUGUGUCUGGGAGCGGCGCUGCCGAACCAGAGGAAGGCGAAGUGGCGCAGGAUGACUGCCCUACACCGUCCACGAAACCUCGGACGCACAAGGACGUGCGCGCGGUCAUAGACGCUCGAUAUACUGACAUGCGACAUGAGAUGAUGGAUCAUUUCGCCGAGUUGAGCAAUAACCUGGCAGAACUCAUCAAGGUUGCCAUCGAAGAUGCUCAAGAGGAACAUCGAGCCAAGAAGCGCAAGGCAUUCGAAGCUGUUGCUGCUUCGAGUGCUCCGGAGGAUAGGCGAGACGCUCCUCUCGCCGCCGCCAAAGAACUCGUCGAUGCCGUAUUUGGUGCAUUCACACCCGAAGUACUCGCGAGGUCCGACGACUUUGCGGGCGAGCAAAAGGAGAAGGACACCUCGGCGGGCACUAGUGCGGCGAGUGCGGCAGAAUCGUCCGAUCGAAUUAUUGCCCCUUUGCCUAGAGCUGCAUCAACGUCGCAGGCUACUGGCUCUUUGUCUGCUCAGCCCGAAAGCGGACAGGCCGCCCAAGGCGGCAGCGCACCCUCGAACGAAGCGCUUUACAAAUCCCUCGCAGAGGAGCGAAAGCGCAACGACGAUCGAUUUAGCAACGUGAGCAGAGUGAUGACGCUUAUGCGUGACCUGCAUCGGGAGGAGCUAGACGGCCUCAAGACGUCGAACAAGGCGCAGAAGGAUGAGAUCGAGAAGCUGCAAGCAGAGAUCGCACGUCUUGGGGAAGCUGCGCCUGCUGGGCCGACCGCGACGCUGAACGGCGCUCCAGCUGCACCGCCGCAAGGAGAAGCGCCCGCAUCGUCAGGCACGACACCAGACGUCUCGACGCUGCGCGAUAGACUGGACGUGCUGGACAAGUCCCUGUCGCAAUGCACAGAGGAUUUGUCGGCAGUGCAAGAGACUUGCAAAUUUGUUCCGCGUUUGAACUCCAGGUUGAACAAGCACAAGGAGAUGAUCGACAUGAUUGUGGAACACUCGAAGAACACUAAUGCAGACUUGACCUACAUCACUUCGCUCUUUGCGGGCAUUCCGGAAGUCUCGAAUGAGGCGUUGCAGGUCGCCCCGAAUGGCGCCGCUCCUGCGGCUUCGAAUGGAGCUGCGCCUCAACAGGUGCCAAGUGGUGUCGGUGGUCAUUGAGACAAUUUUCACGCAAGCUCUCGCCCGCAUCGCUCGACUCCGACUCUACGCUUACCAUUACGCGUUCAGCUGACAAUGCCUCGCCUGACGUUUCCCUCUGUUAACAAUUUACUGUACUGGUACCCCGCCCUCUAUUCAUGUGAUGUUGUCCUCACAGCAGCGCCCGAAAGCAGCGGGACACACAUAGCUGAGCGUGCCUGUCUCGUCUGCAGGAGGACAUGCGCAAAGGAUCACGCGCGGACGCUGCUUGGUUGCGAAGAGCAGUGGGGAUAAAUACGUGGAGACAGCUUCAAAGGUGUUUGUGAAUGUAGAGCACGAGAUCGAGCAUGACUUGUAGGUACUUUAUAGACCUUUGAGCGUGUGAAAUGAGCCACCCAGGCAAAUCAUUCGCACAUUACACUGCGAUGUGAUUAGAGUAACC